UCACAGAGCCAACGACCAAGACAAGACAAGCACACCAUCGGAAAACUGCAAACAGGUCAACAAGAACAAGAACAAAACGGAACACACAGAACAAACAGUCAAGAAGAAGAACAACAAUGUCUUGGAAGACCAUCCAAUCCACCUUGGGUAACCUCGGCCAAAACGUACAACAAGGAGUCGCCGGAUUGAACAUCACCCAACAAACCGGAAAACUCACCAAAAGCUUCGCCGAAUUUAGCCAAACUGCGCGUGAACGUCUUGGUACUUUGGAUCAAGAUGAUGUAACAGAGCUCCCAGAGGAAUACAAAGACUUGGAACGCCGAGUGGAUGCACUACGCAACACCCACUCCUCACUGCUUCGGGUCGCGAAGGUCUACGAAAGCGAGCCCUAUGAUUAUCCGACUCAAAUCAAUGAAUCGUUAACCGAAACCGCCACCAAUAUUUCUCACACCCUCACUAGUUGGGCUGCUGCCGCGACCAAAGGUACUAACUUGCCGCCGAUCGAAGGACCCGACAAAGCCCCAACCGAGCACAAAACCUUAUCACACGCGCUCUCCCGAGCGGCGACCUCAGGGGCACUCGAACUAGGCUCGACGGGCCCAUCUAAUGCUGCGGAUGCCUCGAACGGAAGUAUCACGAGUCUGAUGGCCAAGGUCCUUAAAUCUUAUGCGAUGGUCCAAGCUCGGAUCGGCGACGAACGUUUGGCUCAGGAUGGGGCCAUCCAAACUGGCUUCUUACAGCCCUGGCAAACGAGCCUCAACCUCGGCCUUCAAGCGGCCAUGAAGAGUCGUCAGAACGUCCGAAGUGCUAGAUUGGCACUCGACGCGGCCAGACUAGCCCAAAAGAAUUCCCCCGAGGGGCCUAAGAAAGAGCAGGCACGUAUAGAAGUUGACAAUGCGGAAGAGAAGCUAGUAGCAGCUACGGAAGAAGCAAUCGAGUUGAUGAAGCGAGUCUUAGACGACCCCGAACCUAUUAGGGCUAUUGCUCAACUCAUCAAAGCUCAACAAGCCUAUCAUUUAGCGGCCAGUGAUGCUCUUCAAGGUUUGAUAGGCGAGGUCGAAGAUGCGGCUGUGACGGCAGAAGCUGAGUUCAGAAAAUCAAGGGCUUAAAAGAAGUGAAAAAGGAAGAAAUGUAUGAGGGAAUCAAUCAAUGAUCCUCCCCUGAUUUCUUCCCAGGGGCUUCAAUCUCUAUCUUAACUUUUCUUUUUUCUGUUUGUUUUUUAUAUCUCAACACAACACAGUUUUUUUUUUUUUUGCAAAUCCCUCCCAGAAAAAAAA